AUGUUUUUGUUGUCAAUCCCCGCACUCUCAAUUGCCAUUGCGGUAUGUGCACUUUUCUAUGUCUGGAAAUGCGUCUCAUCGCCCUUGUGGGCAGCCCCUGGCCCGUUCCUCUCUCGCUUCACGCCAUUCAUGUUGAGAUGGAACGAGUUUAACGCCAACCGGACCCUGUACAUCCACUCUCUCCAUCUGAAGUACGGGCCUAUCGUCCGUAUUGCGCCCAAUGAAAUGUCAUUCUCAUCGUAUGAAGCUGUCAAGGAGAUUUACGGUUCCAAGGGCAGCGGCUACGACAAGUCCACAUUUUAUGAUCUCUUCACGGUAUUUGGACGCAGAACAUUGUUCUCGACACUUGAUAAAACCGCUCAUGCGAAGCGAAAGCGUCUCCUAGCCGAUAGGUAUGCAAACAGCAACGUUCUCAAGCCGGCCUCCCUCAACGGAAUCGAGAACCGAGCCCGAGAAUUUGCGAGACAGUGUGGCGAUUCAACUGGAAGCAGCCGCCUCUUCAUGUUGUAUACGCCAACUCUCUACAAGUAUUCGUCCAAGAUUCUGGACUGCUUCUUUGAGCCACGAGCCACGCCACUGGCAGAUAACUUUGUCACCAAAAGAAGCAAACUUGAUGACCCUGAAGAAUUUACUCUCCUAAGUCGCCUCAGGAGCAAGCUUGGUGACGAAUUGGCCGAGGGUGACAUCGCUUCAGAAUGUCUUGACCACAUGGUUGCUGGCAUUGACACCACGGGCGAUGUUCUGUGUUUCUUGAUCUGGGAACUAUCCCAGCCUCGCUCAGCUCAGUUCCAGGAUGAACUUCGAAGAGAACUAAAGGGGAAUCCUGAUAUGGCGUUUGACAAGCUCCCAGUUCUUGACUCGAUCGUGCAAGAGGGCUUGCGCUGCUUUCCCGCCAUUCCCAUGUCUUUGCCACGCGUCGUUCCAAAGGACGGAAGGGUCAUCGACGACAUAUUCGUCCCUGAAGAUACCAUCGUUAGCAGCCAGGCAUACUCGGUCCAGCGACACCAUGCGCAUGUGUUUCCAGAGCCUGAUCGAUUCAACCCUCACCGGUGGAUGUCGAACGAGAACGAUGCGGAGAUGAGGCGCCAUAUCUUUGCCUUCUCCUAUGGUGGACGAGGCUGUAUCGGAAAACAUUUGGCAUAUGCUGAGAUGAAGCUUCUGCUAAGGGAGGUGUAUUCUCAAUACCAGACAGUUCCUGAUCCUUCCAUGACUGAGGAGUCAAUGAGGGCACAUGAUCAGAUCAUUUCGGCUAGGCCUUUUGGUCAGAAGUGCUUGCUCCGCUUUGUGCCGACUGCUGCAUAA